CAUUCCCUUCCCACGAUUUCAUCUUCCUUCUCAGCAUUCACACCAAAUUCUUCUAUCAUCUCUAUCGUAUUAUCCAACACGGAGGAAUUCAUGGUCGAGAAAGUACAGCAAGCGCUUUAACCCACCCGAUUACACUCAUUGCCACUCCCGCGGCGUCCCGACUUGGGCUGGUUCAAACGACAGCCUCGCGGGGCAUUCAUGCAAGGCUGCGAUCUGCUGCUGCUUCAUCACCAUCAUCAACAUCGGCUUCCUUGUCGAUGUCGCUUCGUCACCAUUUACUAGAGCUUCUUAGACUGCAUUAGCAACCUGAGGGGCCUCUAUUCGUCGUAAUAUGGCUAUUACAGCGCUUCCGGAUGCAACAGUCCACCUCCUUGGCUCAGCGCAAGCUCUCACUACCCCUACAUCUCUUGUCAAAGAACUCAUUGAUAAUGCUCUUGAUGCGAAAGCUUCGUCUAUCGAUAUUGUGAUAUCCCCAAACACCAUUGAUAAGAUCGAAGUCCGAGACAAUGGCCAGGGUAUACCUCAAGAAGACCUUGAUGCUCUCGGCAGGCGUGGACACACCAGCAAAUUGAGGUCGUUCGAAGAACUUAAGUCCAUUGGCGGCAUUAGUUUGGGCUUCCGAGGAGAAGCUCUCGCAAGCGCUGUGCAAUUAGGACUGGUUUCCGUGACUACUAGGACUGAAGGAGAGACUGUGGCGACUUCCGUCCAGUUGAAAGCUCCUGGUGGCAUCGCAAGUCAGAGCCGGACAUCUCAUCCAGUCGGAACCAAAAUCUCUGUUACAAAAUUUCUUUACAAUCUCCCUGUUCGAAGACAGACCGCCCUGAAAGACUCAGCGAAGACACUGAAAAGAAUCAAAGAACUGCUGUAUUCAUAUGCCUUUGCCCGUCCCCGAGUCAGGUUCUGUAUGAGAGUAGCCAGUGGAGGAAAGGGUUCUUGGUCAUUUACUCCUCGUCCUAAUGAUGGGAUGAAAGAGGUAGCAUCCAAAAUUAUUGGACGAGACGCGGCAGCUCAAUGUAUUGAGAAGUCCCUAGCAUUUUCCGAGAAGACUUCAAUAAGUCAUACAUCCAAGGAUGCUUCCAAAGCAGCCCAGAUUAGCAAUUCCACGGAAUCUGGAUCAGAUGAGUUCACCGUCGAAGUUUUCAUGCCGAAACCAGAAGCUACUAGCAUGGGCCAUGGCCAGUACAUCUCAGUUGACUCCAGGCCGGUAACACACGACAAAGGUACUAUGAAGAAGCUCGUGAGCAUCUUCAAAUACUAUGCUAAAGGAUCUGGUCUGGAAGGCGAAGAGAAGCCCAAAGACCCCUUCCUUCGGCUGAACAUAAAGUGCCCUAUAUCGAGCUACGAUCCGAAUGUCGAGCCUGCGAAAGACGAUGUGAUUUUUCAAGAUGAGUCUCUUGUGCUGGAAUCUGUCGAGCAAUUGUUCAAGAACGUGUAUGGUGUGCCCCUGGCCUCAACUAUAACAGGCACACCAGAGAAACUCGCCGUAGGCACUAACAAUUUCGAGCUCUUGAUGUCUCGAAAUCAGUCUUCGGGAAAGCAUGGCAGCUCCAGCGAACACGUGCAUGCUGUCGAGCCUCUUGAAAUCAUGGCUCCGCAGAACCUGACCCAGGAUUUGGCAUCCAAGAUAGAUGGGGAGCUUGUCCCUACUACUAAUGAAACUGCAGAGUUGGAGAGGAUUGAAGGGCAAAACUGGAGCGUUGACAUGUCCCAGGACUUUAGCGAAGAUGUUGAAGGUGGUCGGUGGUCUAAUCGAUCGUCUCAGAAUCUUAGACGCCUGCCACAACCCAGUUCAGACGGUCCCGAAAGCCCUGGAAACUCCUUGAAUCCAUGGAUCAUUUCCAAAAUGAAUGCACCGAUUCCGCCGAAGAACAUUUACAUUCCUCAUAGCUCAGCAAUUGCAGUCCUUGAUGACACACCUCCCCAGCCCACGCUGACCUGUCUACCAACGCCUCAACAUUCGUCGGAUCCUGUAAUUCCAGAUGUAGAACCGACUUUCAAAACGCCUAGGCCUCACCAAAUAGUAGACAGGGAUGGUUCCCAGUCCUUUGAUCUAGGACAGAUAUCUUCUUCAUCUCAGGAGCCUCAGAGAGGACCAGAGGAUAUAGUCUUUGCUACGACAUUCAAAAUUCCAACAAUAAUUGAUUCGGAUGUCAGACUGCUGGGUGAUGACGUGGGUGUCCUCAGUCGCAAUACUGACUUCAACACUGCCAGGGAUAUCCUCAAUGGCCCAAGUCAAAAGUUUCCGCAGCACAGUGGCUCAACGAAGCCAAAGAGAGUGAACAAACCUUUCGUUCCUCCUAUGAGGGCGGCUGGUCAUGAUAUGCAACAAGACGGUCUACGACAAACAGUCCUGACAGGUGGUACCAUACGCUCUCCGUCAGCUCGAAGUGGCCAUACGCCGAACAGCCUGGAUCCCGAUCAAAACGACGAACUUGCUUGGGCAAUGGACUUCGAACAUCGAAAGGAAGAUGCUACACGUCAACGUCGGAAGGAAAUUCUAGCUGCUCGUGCAGAAGCAGAAGCAGAAGUUUCUACUCCUGUUGUCAAACGGCGCCGACUUAAUCUUCAAGAUGAGGACUUGGAAGUCGAUCUCGCGCAUGAAAUUGUCAGAUCAUCGCCACACAAGAAUCGCUACAAUGCUGCUAUCGCCAACCUCGAAGCCGGCAAGAAAGUUGCUCCUAGAGAUGAUUUUGCGAAGCCAUCCUUCAAGACAAGUUUACCAGAUGGCGACCCGCGUGCAUAUCUGAUGAGAAGGCGAAAAUCAAUGGAGCCAUCUGUACCAGGCGGACCCAUGAGACCGAUGCGUGCCAAAUCCACGCGUCUUCCUCUGGAGAAGAUCCCAGAUGCAGAGAUGCUGCACAGGUUGGUGUUGAGGUAUCCUGUAGAUUUAAGUGCUGUCCAAAGUGCUCUAGACAAGUCGAAGGUCCACGACGUGUAUGUGAAUGAAGGGAGUCAGGCUGUAGGUCUGUCGAUGGAAUCUUGUGAUGCAAAGUUAGUGGUGGAGAGAAUUCAAGCAGCUGUUAAGAAAUGGAUGAAAAAAUAUCCUGGCAAGGCAUAUGACGCUGAAUAUACAUUUGACGGCUUGGUCAAUGUUAGGUAGCCUCGGAAAAUUUAGUUUGGGAGGUGGCUGACGAUGUAUGACUGGACAUAUACGUUGGCUGAAAAUUGGCGUUUGGCUGUGUUGCAUUUGAAAGAUACCCAUUUGCGUUAUAUAGCUCAACAUACAGAUAUAUAGCAUGGUCUCUCUCGACCGAGAGUAUAAAUAGAUAAGUGCUCAAUACCAAGCCAAGUCCUUGGAUCUUAACUAGCAGAAGUGACUUGGGUGAUGAUAUCAUUGAAAGAUAUCAUGGAGUAGCCAGAUAUUAUGUAGCGAGGUGAGAUUUCAGAAUAUCGAAGCUGUUGAAGUGGUCGUUAUCACCAAAAGAUUUCCCGAUAGCUGGAGCUUUGAGAUUAGCUACCAUGAUGUUGUCAAUAGUGAGAAGCGAGAUAAGUUAAGAUCAACCAUAAAAUUGGG